GCUUUGUUGUAGGCUUCUACAAGGUUUCCUACAGAAUUAGUAAGUGUGGAAAUGGAGCCGAGCUGGAGUACGUUUCUUUUUCAACAGGCCAAUGAAGCCCUCCACCACCAGCAUCAUGUGGCCCAGAACAGCCUGCUGCCACUUCUCAAUGCAGGAGUCGAACAAAUUGACCAGAAGCCUAUCCUGCCCAUCCACAUAGAACAGAAGCCCCCGACCAGCGCUGCAGAACUCCUUAAAGACAAUGUGGCCAGCGGAGGAGGCGGACGGCCACAAGUUCCCGUCAUUAAGAAGGAACACAAAGGCAAGACGCCGUUCGUCUGUGGCUACUGCAACAAGGCCUUCCGCGACAGCUACCACCUGCGGCGCCAUGAAUCCAGCCACACUGGCAUCAAGAUGGUGUCGCGGCCAAAGAAAACCGCCCAGUCAGCCCCGACCAUGGUACCCAUGAUCUCCACCAUGUCACGAGACCACAACGGCCACCCCUCCUACAUCUCCACGGUGGCGGGAAUCCUCUCCACGGCGACCACUUCGGUUUCCUCGGGUGCGAGCAUCAUGACGUCGUCUGCAAUGGGCAACAUGCAACAGCAAAACACCCCCAAGAAACCCGCCAAACCGGUCAAGAAGAACCACGGGUGUGAGAUGUGCGGCAAGGCCUUUCGCGAUGUCUACCACCUGAACCGCCACAAGCUGUCCCACUCGGACGAGAAGCCUUUCGAGUGCCCCAUCUGCCAGCAACGCUUUAAGAGGAAGGACCGCAUGACCUACCACGUUCGCUCUCAUGACGGGGGGGUCCACAAGCCUUACGUUUGUUCAGUGUGUGGGAAAGGCUUUUCCAGGUAA